ACACUCAUCUCCACGCCCCAAGCUCUUUCUUUUAAGCUCCACUUCACAGGUUUUCUCAACCAAAAAAAAAAAAAAAUCAGACUCUGUUUCACUUCCGUAAUGGCAUCCUUUAUAAGCUAAGCUUUUGGUUUUCAUUGGCUCUUCACAAGCUCUCUGCUUCUGGGUUUCCGCGUUGUUCGUAUCUUUAGCGUACAAGAAAUUUUGAUACUCUCUCGCAAAUUCUGUGACUUGUUUGACCUGCAAAUCUGGGAGAACAUAGUUUUCGUCUAAAACAGGUUGUCUUUUUUUAAUGAGUGGUUCGGUUGUUGAUAUGAAGAUGUGAAUUAUCUGGCAACCAAAGACGAUGUCUUUCAGUGGGAUAGGUAUUGGUCUGAGCGUGGUGUUUGGCUUUCUUCUUCUGGCUCUCAUUGCUCAGCUUUACUACUUGUUGUGGCGGAAAAGGAGAAGAACACACGCAGAGAUUGGAAAGGAUGACAACAAUUAUACGAAGCGAAUGCUUGACGGGGCGUGCUGGAAGACGCUAUCUUCAUUGCAAACUACCACCAGAGGCCCAGAAACGAAGAUCCUAGAAACUGACGUUGAGUCGGGUGUUGCUACUACUAACAAGGAUGUAGUAUUGAAGAGCUUAGGAGAAGAUAGUGUAGAAUCAGAGCUUAUGAGGCUGCACAAUCUCGCUGGUCCGCCCAGAUUUCUUUUCACAAUUAAGGAGGAGACUAAGGAGGAUUUGGAGUCCGAGGAUGGGAAAUCCAGAAGAGGGUCGAGAACUAGGAGCUUGAGUGAUCUUAUUGUGGCAAUUGAUACUCCAUUUCUCACGCCUCUGCCUUCUUCACCGUUGAAGUCCCCUUCGAACUCUCUUGAUUCUUACAAGCACCAAGGAUUCAACCCUCUCUUUGAAUCAUUGUCGGAACCAGAAAUUAACAGAUUUAGAUCUUCACCUCCUCCAAAGUUUAAGUUCCUGAGAGAUGCAGAGGAGAAACUGUACCGAAGAAUGACUGAAGAAGCUCACAGAAGGGCACAAAGCAAUCAAGGUUCUGUUUCAGAAUCUGGGGUUAAAGAUUCUCCGACCCCAGCAACGGUGAUAGACGAGAGAGAUGGAUCGUUUCUUAGACUCAUCAAGAACAGAGAGAGGGAUCAGAGAGAGGUUCAGCAACAUCAGGUGCUUCCGUUAACAACUUCUCCUACAACAUUCCGACCACCGGAGAAGGAAUCGAUGGUCCGCUAGAUUUUUCAUGAGUAAAAUAUCAUGCCUCUGUUCAUUUUUUCCCCCUCCAUAUGCAGGUUAAUUUAUCUAAAUGACUUGUGUACUAAUUCCAUGUUUUACAAUUUACAUAGCGGUAUGAUGAUUUUUCUAGUCUGCUUUUGUUGUGUGCGGCUUGGAAUGAUCAUGAUGAUAGAUUAGCGCAUAUUUUACGAACCGAGUAAAGAAAGAACUUGGUGGGGUUCUUGUCUAAUCCCCAUGUUUGCUGUGGCCUUAACCAGUUAAUCAUUCAUGUGAAUGAUGGCUGUUUGCUACCAGAUUUCUUUCUUUAAUAGACUCAAUGAUUCGCUUUC